CUGUGUUUUAGCUGAGGUCCUCGGGUGGUGCUGCUUCUGUUGAAAUAGCUAAAAAUUAUACAAAUAUUGUAAAAGGAUUCCCAUAUGAUGUGUGUUUUCUAGGCGUUAAUUUCUCAACCAGCCGAGAAUUAUUGCGUUUUAUUACUGUUGUGAUAAGUAGUGCUAACAAUUCAUGUCUAAAAACAUGAAUCAGUCCCGAGCUGAAAAUAUUCGCCAGACGGGUCACCUGCGGGUGAUAUUGCCGUCGACAUUAGACAGCACCGUGAACAUGCCCGCACCGUUUAUUGACAUUAUAACCACCAACUCUCGUGACAUCCCACCUCCUCAAGUGGAUUUCUCCGCCCCACCUCCUUAUGAUGUGGCCGCUAACUCCAAGCUGCCUACUUACGAGGAGGUGCAGCGCGAGAAGCAGAUGGAAGGGGAUGGACCAGUUCAGAUACAAGCGCCGCCGCCCCGACGCUCGACGAUCACGGCCUUCGUGACGGUGGAGCCAAAUGAGUCCUCAACUGAUCAUCUUGACCCUGAGAACAGUCUUCUCGGAACUGAUGUUAUGUUCCUGACUUCAUUCUUUGUUGCAUUCCUGUUCAAUUGGAUCGGGUUUCUGCUACUGAUGUGCUUCUGCCACACUGUGGCGAGCCGCUACGGAGCGCUCGCUGGCUUCGGUCUCUCGCUUGCCAAGUGGACCCUCAUCGUGAAGCAUUCCACUGAGCUCGCUUCACACGAGAACUCCUGGCUGUGGUGGCUCAUUAUGGCCUUCGGUAUUUUGAUUUGCGUGCGCGCAGUGAUUCAGUACUUGAACAUUAAGCGCGGUUGGCGACUCCUCUCCGGGACAGCGCAAGAGAGACUUCUCUUCUUCUAUUAAACUAUCUCACUCUCUACUAGCGGAGACUGCAAGACUUCUCACACAACUAUAUCUCACUUUUUCCUAGUUCUAGUAACUUGAAAAUGUUUCGAUGUGAGAUUUAGUAGUUUUUCUUAUGAUUGGUGUCUAAUUUGCUUAGCUUUUCGAAGUAAUUUGUAAAACUUGAUAUACAGGUUGUUGAAAAAUUAUUUGAAAAAAAUGAAAUUUAUUUAUAAAUUAAUUGGUUUUCAUCUCAAAUAUGAAAUAAAUCAAAUAUGUUUGUUAGUAUUUAUCCAAUUGUUUACAUCUAAUAAGUUAUUCAAGGAGGUUUAAUCAAAUAAUACGCAUUUAUGUUUAUGAACACCCUGUAUUAAUGAUUCCAAAUUUUAGUUUUAAUGUCACAUUUUAAUUUGUGAUAAUUUUAUAUGAAUUGAUGAAUCAACCAAUGAGUGAUGAAUUAUUUUAAUUAAAGACAUUUUUUUUAGAAUAAAGUGAUAGGUUUAGGGUCGUUUUGUGUUUGAAGGGGGAAUGUUUGAUUUUGUAUAUUUUAUAUACAUGAAAUUUAAUCAUUAAAGGCUUUUCUGGGUAUGAACUUUCUAAAAAGUUAUUUUAAACAGGUUUUUCGGGUUUCUAAGGCAUUGUAAUUCUUGUACCAAUCUAUUUGGAGAGAGAAUUAGUUACUUUUGAAUUUGUAGAGCGUUGUCUCUGUCGCACAAAGCACAAGUCAUGUAACGUGAAAGAGAUAGUGCUAUAUAAAAUAUCAAUAGUUAUUUCCGUUUACUAUACAAAACUACGUUAAAGUAUUUCACAUGUCUUUGUGAUAUUUCUUUAAAUUAUUACAUAAAUAGCAAAGAUUAAAAAAAAAUCAAUUCAAUUCAAGAUUUUAGAUUGAGUUGCGAAAAUUUGCUAUGUCCUGUACACAGGGCUUUUAUUUUUAUAUUUUACUUAAAAGUAAAUGAAAAGGAGGCUAUGUCUGUCAUUAUGUAUGUCUUGUCUAUUCUCUAAUGUCAGAAUAUAGAGGUUUAUGUGUCAUAUGUCAUUUUAGAACAUAGACAAUGUCUAUGCUUCAUUUAUCUAUGGUUAGUAUUACUCUUGCAGAAUUAGUAGCGAGUAAUUUAAGAAAAUUUAGUGUUUGACGCUAUAUAUCGUUAAAUCAGUGUUAUUCUGUAGAUAGUAGACUAUAGUGAUGUAACAUUUUUUUUUUUACUAUUACUGUUUUUUUUUUAAUCCGUCAUAAAUUACAGUUUUAUUCUUUGACUUUGAU